CUACGGCGCUCGCAUUCGUCGUAAGCGAUUUACUUUCGGCAUAUACUAAUAAACCUAAUCAAAGAUGGAUGCGUUUUUCCGAAUGCGAAGAUCGUCGCACACACCGUCGUUCACGCAGGGCGGCCAGGAGCCACUGAUCGUGGUGGAGGAGUCCGAGAACAAUGAGAAGGAGGAGGAGGCGAGCACUCAGUCGUCCCAGCGCCAGAGCCUCGACAUCGACUCGCCGGAAAACCCGUACUUGCUGUCGCCGUGGCGCGAAACGCGCAAGCACUCGCUGCCGACGCCACCAUGCACCAGCGGCAUCACCGCCAGCCAGGUGCGCCGGCUGUCGGAGCGGGGCGGAGAGGGAUCCGGACCGUCGCCGCGGGAGCAGGCCUUCCUGGCGACGCUGUACAGCACGCCGGCACCGCAGCCGGGCGGCCGGCGCCAUUCGGUGGUGACGAUCAGCCGCGUACCGCCCACCAUGUUUGGUCGGAGCCGCCGGGAGUCGAUUGCGGCGCUGCCUGCUGGACAAAGGUCGAGUGCAAACUCUCGACGCGAAAGCAAUACCGGACCGCCACCGUCGACGGACCACAGAGGUAGUAUACAUAAUUUACAGUUAGAUAUUAUGGAUGAUAUAGUACAGGCUAGAAAAGCGCGCAUGAAGCUGUGGAACACGAGCAACGAGCGCGUGUGCGAGGUGCAGACCCUCGACGAGGCUGGCACCGGGUCCAGCUCGCCGAUGCGCUACACCAACCGGCGCUACUCGGACUUCGUGGGCACGGCGCUGCCCCCGAUCCAGUCGUUCCGGCGCGCCUCGGAGAUGCCGCUGUCGCCGUGCGGCGCCCCGCUCACCCCGGCCGGUGCCCACACGCCCGUCGCCUCCGCUGCCGCAGCUGCCGCCGCCGCCGCCGCCGCUGCCGCUGCCGCCGCCUCCAACGCCUCGACGACGCCGGCAGCCGACGCGCCCUUCAAGCCGAAAACGAAGAUGGGCAUCGUGUGCACCAACACUGAUCUGAUAUCUCUCUUAUCGUCUCUAGCCUCGUCAGCGACAGAGAUUAAUCGAUGUGGCGAGAAAGAGCUCCCUAGCCCCCUAGCCUCCCGUCCGUUUCCGCUCAAAUCGGUCCUCAAAAGUCCCACCUCCACUGCAGCUUCCACCUCCGGCGCGGGCGCGGCCAGCCUGGAGCCGAAGAGCAAUCUGCAGAAGAACCGCUCGAACAGCUUCGACAUUUCGCUGUACCAGAACAUCAAGCAGCUGGCGACGGGCGGCACGCUGGUGGGUGGCGGCGGUGGCGGUGGCGGCGGCGGCGGCGGCGGCGGUGGCAGCUCGACAGACCCGGAGAAGUCGUUCAUCGAGUCGGGCUGGUUCAUCAAGCGCCACCAGCCGAUGGCGCGCCGCAAGUCGUCGGCCAAGUCGCCGAGCGCCACCGUGACGUUCGCCCGCGAGACGCUGGACAAGCUGCGCGACAAGGAGCCGGCCAAGGAGGAGCCGAAGCCGAAGCCCAAGCCCGAGUCGCGCUCGCCGCUGAACAAGCUCAAGUGGGACGGACGCAGCGCCAUCGUGGACGCGCGCAUGAUCGGCCACGCCAUCGAGAACUUCAUCACCGGCUCGUCGUCGUCGUCGUCAUCGUCGUCGUCCGGCUCGUCGGGCAAGAAGUCGGCCGGGGGCGGCAAGGAUGGCUCGGGGAGCGGACGGUCCGGGGCGAAGAAGUCGCCCGCCUCCAGCUGGUUCGGCAAGGCCGACGACGACGAGGACUCCAACGAUACGUGCGACUCCUCGCUCUGCUCCACCCUGAAGGACCUGUUCGUGAAGUAAACGGAGAUGAUUGACAAGCAAAAAAAAAAAAAAAAACACACAACCCUUUACAUAUUGCCACAGUCGCUGUUCGACCUCCUGCCAAGGCGGCAGAAGAAGAGCGCAGUAACGAAGAGACAACCAAAUGCCCACCGAAUUAAAACAAAAACAAAACAAAACAAAAACAAAACAAAACAAAAAGCCAAAACAAGCAACAUACGAACGAGCAGAAUCGAUGCAAAAGCACACACUAAACGAUGUCAAAUACAAAUGUCUAUAUGCGAAAAGGAAGUAGAGGCAAUAGGGAGAAGGAUUUAGCUGCAGCUGCGAAGAGAAAGCCUCCGGUGGACACACGGGAGGCUGACGGAGAGCAAUGCGUGAACACCGUUGUGAAUAACGCUAAUGAAAUGAAUUAACAUAACCAAUCCCACCAAUGUUAGUGUAGCCUUUUUGGACAUCAGAUGAUAUCGAACGUGAGAGUUUUACUAGGCUAAAGUAGAAAAGGACGGCGGUGGAAAAAGGAGACAAACUUGUAGCGCCGAUACGUUGUGCAUCUCAGCGUCUUUAAUCAUCUUACAUACAUAUACAUACAUAUAUAUAUAUAUAUAUAUAUACAAUCUUUAGGAUUUACUCUACUGUAGCAAUAUUGUGCCCUCGCGUGGUUAAUCCUGCCUGCACACUGGUCUACCAGCCCGUCGUUGCAGUCCCUCCACGGUCUUCGUUCGGGCGUUUUGGAACGUCCAGGGAGCUCUAGCAAGGAGUUAGUGCGCGUCGCACCGCAACACUGAGGUCUACCAGCCAUUCCGAGCCUAGCGGGAUGAGUUACACUGGGCAAAACGGUAAGUGGGACACCUGGAAAAAGAACACUCGUCUGGCUUUGCGGUCAAUGUUAGAGCACAAGAACAACUGAAUCCAACGCUUUUCAUCGAAUUACAUUUUCUAAGAAUGUAACGAAAUAGAUGUAAUCAUAAUGAUGGUACCCAACCGGAUAAAACUAUUUGAAAGACUUUGACAAAAUCCGCAAAAAACGCCAUGACUUCUCAAACCCUCAUUAAAAUUGGAUUAAAACGUACUCGUCCUACUUCAAUAAAAUGCGCAGAUUAAAUGUGACGACGAACAUCACCGUAAGCAAAACUAAACAAAACAAAACUAAACUAAACAAUGUUGAGGUUGUUUAUGUCAUCAGAUGGAAUCGAUAAACAUAUUUUUCAUCGAAGUAAGAUAUGUGCCCAUUAUAUCAUUAAUAUGAUGAGAAAGUCAUGAAAGAUAUUCUCGAUAUAGUUUGAGUAUUUCAUGACUAAAACAUCCCGAGUGUUCAGAAGAAUCCUUCUCAGUCUCCAGCUUGAAAUUGUAUGACCAUUUUAAACUAAAUUGUAGCAUGCAUUAGUAAUAAAACAAAAAUAGAGAAAAAAUGGGCUAAUAAUGUGCAAACAAAUUAGUAAAAGUCUGACAUUAAAAACUGUCAAAGCACCUAACAGGAAUAAUAUUAAAUAUGAAAAACUUCAGAAUCCAAUUAAACAACCCGAUCCAGCACGAAUUAAACCUGAAAAGCCAGUGUCCAACUAAACGGACUAAACUAAAUCGAAUUCUUGAAUUUUUUUUGUAGAAAGGUUCAAAGAAGAUGUGAUAAGGGAAAUUCUUUGUUACCGAAUCUAAGCACUCUAAAAUUGACAUCAAAGCCAAAGUUAUUUUUCAGGUGUCUCUCUUACCGUUUCGCACAGUGUAUAUGGAAAGAAAAGAAAUGGUAAAAGCCAUAAGCGCGAUGAAGUAUCUCUGCAUCCGGGUCGAUUCUCGCUAAGGCAGGGAAUAUCCAUGGCGGCCCAAUGGAAUCUCGUAAAAUCCACAGAACCUCGACGAUUUAAGAUAAAGAACAUUUCUGAAUGAGGAACCCGCAAAAAAGCAGACUUACUUCAGGUGCGGUGCAACACACACACAAAACUCCAACGAUGGCUAUCUUGCGAACGUAAUGUACAGCCUGCAGGCAACCCAAAACCAUUUUAAUCAAGUUGGAUUAUCGACAAAACAUUGGACUUCUAAAUUGGAGAAAACUUAAAUGACCGUGGUUUUUGUUAAGGAUAAAAUUUGUACGAUUUACUGUUGAUAGUCGUUUAAUCCAUUACUUCCGUGGCCUCCCGAUACGUAUUGAACAAAUGAUACAAGACGCUCAAAACAAUCACUGUCAGUUCUUAAAACCUUCGUGUUUCUAUUCUACAGUCUUUAAAGACAUUUCAUUGGGCCGCUUUCCGUUUCCAUUUCGAAUCGAAGACAUAGAAUUAAAACACCCACACACAUACCUUACAAUUGAACAACGGGAAGAAUCUGAGCACAUUCGCGAGAAACGGGUUUUUUCGAGACUAAAGCAACAGAAACUGCGAUAUGUAACUAUUCGAUCCACCGUAUUUCUGAAACGAUUCCAGAGCAAUUUAGCACACGCCUCAUCCUUGGCACACCGGAACGAUAAAAGUCGUGUUAGGAGAAAAAAAAACACAAACCAAAGCAAAGCAAAACGUUUAAGAGAAAGAAGAGAGAAGGUGAAACGAUGAUGAUCACAUUUGUAUUGCUCCUUUUUGUGGUUCCAGGGAUAUGUGUCUAGUAUUUAACCCACCGUGCGAAACCGGUCUUUAGCGUGCCAAAACCGGCGGCGUAAGAUGUCGUCUCUUCGGUAGACCUAUCUCUACCACCUCCGGGUCGGUCGAAGCUGGUUCGUGGACACAUUGCGCAGCAGUCAGAGUUCAUAUGUGAAAUCGUCCGUUUAUUUAGAUGGUUUUGAGCUUCUUGUUAGGAUUGGGUUAAAUGAUGGUUACAACUAAAUAUUACAAAAUGGAAGCUAUACAUCCUUUAGAAAACACAACCAACAAUUUGAGGAAAAUAUCAACUUUUAGCAGAACGAGAGAGAGGAAGAGAGAGAAAGAGAGAAAGAGAGAGAGAGAGAUCUACUUUACUGUUAAACUAUCACUAUAAUUGUUUUCAUUAGUUUCCUAGGGCAAUCUUACCCUUGUCGUUCAAUCAAGGAUAGAGACUGAGCUGGUGGAGAUAGGUAGCUGUAAGAACACGCAAAUCAGUGGAUAUAUUUAACCUAUUUUCUAUGUUAAGAAGAAACAAACAGUCAACACAGACAUCUGAGUGAAAUGUAUUAUUAAAAAAAAAAUAUACAUAAUUAUAUACAUUAUUACGUUACAUCCAAUCUAAGUGUAUGCACAAACACGACGGCAUACGUAGACACGUUUGCAAUGGUAGUGCGAGGUGCAGACGGUGUAGAAAUGAUGGUACGGGUGGCUGCCCGUGAAAUUUGGCUCUGCUAAAGCAUGGGGACGUUCCGGUCCGCGAGCACGGCGUUCGGGUUUCCCUCUUUGUGGAAAAAUUGUGGUCAAAUUUAAUAUACAUUUUACUUCUGUAUUGGGUGUUACUACAAUUUAGGCAAGCAGCAUCUUAACCGACAAUCGUGCAUAGAUAGUAUCAAACAUCAGGCCAAAGCGUGCGUUUUUACCCAUUCAAACUAGGGUGGUUGGUCUUACUGAGAUGAGCUGUCAGCGGUGAAUGAACCUCUAAGACAUUCGUUUACUUAUAGCUAGUACUAAAGGAGUUCGCAGACACAGAGCAGUCUACUGCCCGAACAAAACACAUUCAGCCCGCACUACAGACACACAAUGACACACAAACACACACAAACACACUCACGCCUACAGUUCAGCGUGUAACAUGCAAUAUAACGUGACUACUACCACCCUAACUUGUAAAGAAGGGUCGCACAGCCGUACUGAUGUUGACGUUAAAAAUUAAUCUUAAGGUUAAAAAGAUAUUCGAGUCAAAAGAAAAUCUACAAUUAAUUCAAAACCACCGAAGCAGAUAGUUGUCUAACCUUGUGGGAGGGAGGGGCGUGUAGAACGGGUGUUUUUUUAUAUAGCAAAACAGGAAUCCCACCAUCAGAAUCUACCGAAAAGAAAAAAAAACAUAAAGCAAAGCAACUAUUCUCAAAGAAAAAUAACGAAACAAUCUGAAACUAUAGCGCUAGUUUCUAGAAGAAGAAAAUCGUGACAAUAUGAAAAGAAGAAAAGUAUAUCGAUUCCUUUCCUAAACCAUAAAAAUUCAAGCAGCGUUCAUUUGUCGAGCAGUUUAAAUGAAAUGAAAAUUUUGUACACUGUUGCCGGCUGAAAAAAAGAGCUAACAAGCAGACAGAACAGCAUUAAAACUACUAAACCGGAAGAGAACAAAAAACAAAGUAAACGAGAAUGGAAAACAGACAAACGUGUAACAGUGAACUAAAUGUUAAUAGUAUACCUAGAAGCAAGCAAAUCAUAAAUAUAAAUGGAAAAGGAAAAGAUUAAUAUUUUUAAGAAUUUACUGUUAACAUCUUAAAAGGGUAUAUUUUUUUUAUCGAGGAUUUUCCUAGUACAUUACAGGCGCUCGCACUCGACGCGUAAACUGAUUGUUGUUACAUUUAGCGUUUAAGAUCUAUACAAUAAACUAGUUGAUCAAUGUUUACAACUUUGACAUGACACAUCAUUGUACAACAAAGUAGGAAGGGAAAAGUUUGGUAGGCAAGCGGAGGGAACCCGAUCGGGAAAGCGAAUACGGUGGGGGUGAUAGGAAAAGAGAAGGUGGAAGAGGCCAGGACAAAACUCUACUGAUUGUUGAUCACCGACAUUGCAACUCUAUGUGAUUACGAUGUAUAUCAGACAAACUUAUUUAUAAAAAAGCCUCUACGCUGCAAAAAAAGGAAAAGAUAUUGAAAUAAAAAUAAAUCACUUUUUGAUGGAAAAUAAGAAACGUAUAAACCACAUACUAAAUACAAAUCCUAUCAAUCAAAGGCGGACCGUUCUCGGGAAGCUUAAAGCAAGUAUAAAAUCAAUCCUAAAAAACCGACAGCAAUCAUCGUGCAGUUGAUAAGCGACGCGUACGAACAGCUGCUGCACCCGAAAUCAGUCAAAAAACAAACAAAGCAAAUGAGCAAAAGCCCUUUAGCCGAUAAGCGUGCAUGGGAUAAAAAAAAUGGCAACAUUAUCUAACAAUAAUUUAAAAAUAGAAAAGUCUAUAUAUAUGUAUGUGUAUUUUACCACCGACGAUUCGUGCUAUUGUUGAAUAAAAUUAAAAUAUACUUAU